UGAAUAAUUGAAGAAAGUAGGUGAAAGCAUUUGAUUAGGAUGGCAAAUAAGGGUGGCGGCAGUGGCAUCGGCAGCGAGGAGGCCAAGGGGCCCUUCGAUGUCUUCUUGUGUUUCAAUGAGGCAGAGACACGCCACAGCUUCACAGGUACUCUCUAUCACGCUUUACAGAGCGCCAGAUUCAAGACUUACAUGGAGAAUGGCAAGUUGAGACGUGGCGACAAAAUCGCAACCGCUAUUCUCACUGCAAUGGAAGCAUCAAGGAUUUCAAUCGUCGUUUUCUCACCAUACUUUGCCUCCUCCACCUGCUGCCUUGAUCAACUUGUCCACAUCCAUCGCUGUAUGAAUACCAAAAACCAACUCAUUUUGCCAAUCUUUUACGACGUCGACCAGUCCGAUGUAAGAGAUCAGCUAAAUACAUUUGGCCAAGCCAUGCUUCAACACCAACAUCGUUUCGGAAAGAGCUCCGACAAAGUGCUCCAGUGGAGCUCAGUUUUGUCUCAUGUCGCCAACUUGACCGCCUUCUGUUUCUCCAGUACUGGGGACCAAUAUGAAUAUCAAUUUGUGGAAGAGAUCGUGGAUUGGGUCACCAAGACCGUUCCCCGCAAUGAUGUUUUUCUGAGUUUCUGUGGAAGAGAUACUCGGUACUCCUUUACAGGUUUUCUCUACAAUGCCUUGAGCCGGAGUGGUUUCAAAACCUACAUGAAUGAUGAUGGGGACCAGAUUUCACAAUCCACUAUUGGAAAAUCAAGGCUUUCAAUCAUUGUAUUUUCUAAAAAUUAUGCACAUUCCUCGUCGUGUCUUGAUGAGCUUUUGGCAAUCCUUGAAUGCAUGAAGAUGAAAAACCAACUGGUUUGGCCCAUAUUUUACAAAGUGGAGCCCAGGGAUAUAAGGCGUCAAAGAAAUAGUUAUGGUGAAGCCAUGACUGAACAUGAAAAUAUGUUGGGUAAGGACUCUGAGAAGGUACAGAAAUGGAGAUCAGCUUUGUUUGAAGCCGCAAACUUGAAAGGAUGGACCUUUGAAACCGGGUACAACACAUACUCUGUAUUUUGUUGUGUGCCAAUUACUAUUUUUUUUAUGUAUGUAGUAAACAAAAAAAAAGCAUUGCGCUUUUGUAGGUAUGAAUAUGAAGUUAUUGAAGAAAUUGUGGAAAGGGCCAUUAAAAUUUAAAAUGGAUUCUAUGUACCAACCACGAAGUCCUUGCUCAAGUGUCAACUAGAAAUCAACCGAUAAAAUUCAACUGGCGGUUCUAUAAGUAGCAGGAGCUGGUUCACAAAUUGACGAUAACAUGUCUCAUUAGGAGGGAAUGAAUGAAGGAUAUUCAGAAACUUGAUCAGCAUGUCAUAUUUCUCAGCGUAAUAAAUACGAAACCUUGUCUUCAGCCAGGCUAUUGUAGCCACUGCCUAUUUCUACACAUUUGAUCUGACAUUUCUAUGGAUUUCAUUGGACGUCUACUAAGGUAGAGAACAAAGACACUAUUUUGGUGGUAGAUUUUUUCCAGUAAACGAUUAAAAUUAUACUGCGGUAGUGAGUCAAAUACGAGGAAGUUGAUCAAAUAGCAAAAUAUGCGAUACAACAUUAAAUUAUUCUAUUUAUAUAAGAAUUGAGUCAUAUUUUUUGUAGUA